AUGUCAACUGAAGAACUACCAACUUUUGACUUGAGUCAAAAGAAAAAGAAGAAGAGCACUAAAGAUACAGUAACAGCUGAAGAAAAGAAAAAGAUUAAGAGUCAAGUUUUAGCUAGUGUCGAUCAACAAGAGGAAGAAGGAGAUGAUGGUGAAAUUGUAGUAAAGGAAGAGAGAAAGAAGAAGAAGUCAUCAUCGUCAUCGUCUUCAUCAUCAUCAUCAUCAUCGAAAUCAAAGGAAGCUGCUGCUGAACCAGCUGCUGCAGAGGAUGAGGAAGCCGUCAUCGAUUUCGGAAAGAAGAAGAAAUCAUCGAGAUCAAAAGAUAAAUCAACCACAGAGGAAGCAACAGGUGAAACUGAGGAACCUUCGAACGUCUUGGAUUUCGGAAAGAAAAAGAAGAAGUCAUCAUCAAAGUCAUCGAAGGACGAAGGUGAUGCCGCUGCAGAUGCCGCCGCCGAAGAGGAGGACAGCGGAGAGAUCUCUGGAACUCCAUGGGUUGGAUCGGAUCGUGACUACAAAUACUCAGAGUUGACCUACCGUAUCUACCACUUGCUUCAAACCAACAACCCAGAGUUGAUCUCUGACCAGAAACGUCAAAUGAAGACCCCAGUCGUUUUCCGUGACGGUUCCAGAAAGACUGUCUGGGCAAACUUUGCCGAUAUUUGUCAAACUCUUAACCGUAAACCAGAACAUUUGCUAUCUUAUGUUUUCACUGAGUUGGGUUCGAAUGGUUCUGUCGAUGGUAACCAACGUUUGGUCAUUAAGGGUAGAUUUUCAUCGCAACAAAUCGAAGUUGUCAUUCGUCAUUAUAUUAGUGAGUACGUCGCUUGCCGUAAUUGCAAGAGUGCCAACACUGUUUUAGAGAGAACCAAUCGUCUAUACUUUUUGUCGUGUAAUGUAUGUAACUCAAAGAGAUCUGUCGUUGUCAUCAAGAAAGGUUUGGAAGUCGGAAAGAACAAACAAAAGGAAGAUUUUCAUAAACAAGAUCUUAGAAAGUUAUUAAAUUAA